CAUACUAAGACUUAUACCAACUUUUUGACCAACUCCCUUGAAAGUCCAAUCGUUGAUGUUUUUGACCUCUAAGUGGAUUCUAAGAGAGGGAUAAACAUCAAAAUGACUUCAACAGCACCUCAUCGCCCCCGAGCGAGGCCAGCCCAUACUCAAGGCUCAACACGUUGCGCCUAUACCCCUGACGGUUCCAAGCUGGUGACUGUAGGUUCGAACAACACAAUUCGACUAUAUAAGACAGGCUUCGACGGCGAACCUAUAAACAUAGACGACUGCCAGGAACAAAAUGUUAGCGUGGAUGCUUCCAAUGACUUCUUCGUCGUCGGAUCCGAAGAUGGCACCGUUAGUCUCUACUCGAUCCCCGAAGCCGCAUUCGACAAGUUCCUUCUCCGAUGUUCCCUCCCAAUUCGUGACGUCGCAUUAUCACCGGAUUCAAAAUGGUGCGCCGUAGCCAGUGACGAAUUGACCGUAAAGCUCGUCCGAACAGACGACAAUAGCCGAAUCCGUCAUCUGAAGGAACACAACAAACCUACGAAACAUCUCUCUUUCGAUACUAAAGGAUCUAUCUUGACACUGGCCUGUACCGAUGGCGUCGUAUACGUAUACUCGUUGACCUCUGACGAGCCGGAGCUUAUAAAGAAGGUUGACGGCAUCAUUGGUUCGCUAGACACCGAGUCGGAUAUUAGUUCUCAGGUUGCGUGGCACCCCGACGGACGAGCUUUUGCGGUUCCAACCCCGACAAGAGAUAUUCAAGUCAUUUCGAAGAAUGACUGGGAGAAACAACGAGCAUUUGCGCAUGGCCAUAAUGGAGAAGUCACCGCAUUGGCCUGGUCUCCCAAUGGAGCAAUAUUGGCCUCGGCCGGCAAGGACAAGAAGAUUCUCCUAUGGGAGACGAAAACUCAGAGCCUCAUCGCUAGACUUGACUAUGCCAAUGUGAUGGAUAUCGCAUGGCAUCCUACUAAUAACUUAGUAUCAUUCACAAAUUCAGAUGGCGAAGUCUACAUUCACCCUGAUUUCGUACCAGAACAAUUCGCUUCCUUGUUGAAACUAGCGAAACAACCGGCACCCUUCAUACACGAUCCCUUAACGGAGAUAUCUACGAACCUUAGAAGACCUUUGGAUGUCGGUACGAGACCCCCGCCUCAAGAAGCACUCGAAAGGCGGAAUAGAGCUGGCAGUUAUGAUUCGCUCAUGGAUGGUCCCUUAGCGGACGAUGAUGACUUCGUGGUUGACGACGAUGGAGCCGGCUAUGUAAUGAAUGGGAAUGGUAAACGUGUUCACGACGACCUAGACGUUUUUGGUGAGCCGUCUAGCAAACGUCCUCACCUCCAGCCCGAAUACCACGAAGCUUUCCAACCCGGGUCAACACCAUGGCGAGGUAAUCGAAAAUACCUCUGUCUGAACCUCAUUGGGUUCGUAUGGACGGUCGAUCAAGAUGGACAUAACACGGUCACAGUGGAAUUCUAUGAUCACGAGUUCCAUCGAGACUUCCAUUUUACCGAUACUUUCCUAUACGACAAGGCUUGCCUAACCGACAAUGGUACUCUAUUCUCAUGCCCGCCCAAAGACGACACACCAGCCACUAUCUUCUAUAGGCCACAUGAAACGUGGACUAAUCGAACCGAUUGGAGGACACAAUUACCGAAAGGAGAGGCCGUCCUUGCCAUGUCUCUCAGCGAUUCUUUUGUAACUGUCACAACUACUGCGAACUACGUCAGAGUAUACACGCUUUUCGGUAUCCCGUAUAGAGUAUACCGACCAAAGAGCACACCAAUGGUUACUUGCGCAAGUUGGAGGGAUUAUGUUAUGACAAUUGGCAACGGUCCCGUUGGUGCGGACGGACAUACCCGACUUCUAUACACGAUUGAGAAUGUAAAGAGGGAUGAAAUCUGCCAGAAUGAAGACACUGUAGCCCUACCAGAAGGCGCAGUACUAAAAAGUGUUUUCUUCUCUGACAAUGGGGAUCCAUGUAUAUACGACUCAACAGGAACCCUCCUAACCCUCCUACACUGGCGGCGCCCAUCACGAGCGACUUGGAUCCCCCUCCUCGACACCAAACUCCUCCCCCGUCUAGCCUCCGGUCGCAAAUCCGAAACAUACUUCCCGAUCGCAGUAGCAGACAAUAAAUUCCACUGCAUCAUCCUCAAAGGCGGUGACCAAUACCCGUACUUCCCACGUCCGCUCCUCUCCGAAUUCGACUUCUCCGUUCCGCUUACAUCCGAACCGCCGAAGCCGAAACCGGCUAAGGAUCCGGAUGCUAUGGAUGAAGAUGAUGAGAAUGGAAGAGAUGAAGAGUCGGAAACUAGGAAAUUGGAACAGCAGUUCUUGCUUAAGGGAAUUGCGGCGGCGCAGUUGCGCGAUUUGGCGGAUGCGACGGCGAAUGGUGGCGGUAGUAGUGUUAAAUCUGGGCUUGCGAGGUUGGAGCUUGAGGUCGAUAAGACAUUACUGCAGUUGCUGGCGGGUGAGUGUCGCGCUGGUGAGGACCGCGGUAUGCGUGCGCUUGAGUUGGUGCUGUUGAUGCGGGAUCGCUCUGGUCGCAUGGCUGAAGCGGCGGGUAAGAUUGCCGAGAGGUAUGGACGCACGUUGCUUAGGGAGAAGAUUCGUGAGGUUGGUGAGGCUUGGGCUAAUGGGGAGGGUGAGGAUGAAGAGUUCUAAGUCUCCUACCUAGGAUUCUAGGCAGGUUCGCCAUCGAAAAUUGUAUAUAGACCAAGUGUGGCUUUUGUGUGUCUUUUGGUUCUUUGACGGCGUUGUGAGGUAGAGCACAUGGGCAGCGUGAAGGUUCUGAUUGCGACUACGCUUACCUGCUUGUCGACCUACGUAUGGUACAUAAUGUCUUGAUUCAAGGCGGCUGGAGAAUAUAAGAUAUGAUACGGCAACACUGUCCGCGAGCACUUCCAUCAAUUGCGGUAAUUGAAGGUGUGCGUCUCACCUAUCCUCGGGGUAUGGUAAAACCAUACCUACUGAUCAUUUACUAUCAAUCAACAUCAAAAUCAAACUCGGAGAUCACGAUCAAAUAACAUAAUAAUGUAUUACACCCAAUAAUUCCAUGGAAAUUAACAUAAAAGCACAGCCCAGGAGGC